CAUUUGAACUUUUAAUAUAUGAACAUACUGUAUCUACACAUCAUAUAGCCUACCAUAGAAACAGGCUACAGGCCAGCUGUUCACAUAAGAAGCUUAGCACCUAUAGAUUUCAAUAUAUGUGAUAAACAGAAAGGCCUAUUGGUUCUCAGUGCUUGUCCCCGUAUGUAAACAUACUACAGGCCAAUAUAAUAUAUAUAUACAUUAUACAGACAUACAACACACUACUAUCAUUAUUAUGAUCAUUAUUAUUAUUUUACACGAGCAGCACACGUGUUUUAUCACAUGGAAUCAUAUCCCCUCAUGCUUCCCAGGAUGCUGGAGCUCAGACUGACACCUCUCUCCCUCCCGUGUGUCUGAGCGGCGGGUGUCCUCUCCCCCCUGCGUCUCCCUGCGUCCAUGAGGACGCAGAGCUCCGCCUCGGAUGCUGCUGCUGCUGCUGCUGUUUAGCUGAUUACCGCGAUACAAGAGCCGCGUCUCCUUAAAGCGACACUCCGUCUUAAUUAAUGAGACUGACGCCGAGGAUGCAGAUGACGGGAGGGAGCAGCACCCGCCGGCCGCCUCCAUCUUCAGCCUGCAGGACGUCGUCGCUCCAUUUCACCACCUCGAGGUUGUGAAUCCGGCUGUAAUCUAACCCCGCAUGCCUGCAGAGAAAAAAAAAACCGCUCCAACACCCCUCCUCCCUCCUCUGCUUCCUCUUCUGAGACUUAUGGACUGCCGAUGCGUCACGCUCGUUCUUCCUGCGCCUUUUCUUCCGCAGACGCGGUGCUGCCUCCUCGCCUCGUAUUUAGGUUAUGACGUCGGCUGUAAAAACGCGGCCCUCCGCUCCUCAGUCGUGCUCCACACACGGGCUGUUUAGCCCUCAUGGCUUCUGUUAAAAGCGUCCACAAAUCCGCCGUUUGCGCGUCCUCGUUUGCCCGCCCGGCCUUUAGCAUUUCUACGUGCCUGUUCGCCGCCCAUGCGUUGCCGCUGCCGCGUAGUCGCAUCUGCUCUCCCUCCCCACAUGGACUCUGAGAUCUGCGUGAAGCGCGCGUCGUCUCCGCGUCUACGCCCUCUCUCCGCCGCGGAUGCGGUGCGCGGUGGUACUCGCCGUCUCCUCUUCGUGGCCCGUCAGUGAUCCUCUGGUCCGGGGGGGCUGGUGCCCGCAGAGAGGCAGGAUGGUGCGGAUAGCCAGCGCGCUGGGGCUCGUCAUGUUCAGCGUGGCCCUGCUCAUCCUGUCGCUCAUCAGCUACGUGUCCAUCAAGAAGGACUUCCUGCUCAGCACCCCCAGAUACGGACCUAAUGGAGGAUCCAGGCUGUCCAUGUUCCACGCAGGGUUUCGCUCCCAGCUGGCCAUGAAGUAUCUGGAUCCAGCUUUCUCUCCUCUGACCAACGCUCUCAGCGAGGACCUGCAGAACUCCUCGAGAUGGAGCUACAACAGUACUGCUUUUAUACAGCUGAAAAAGGAGAUUUCUCAGUACAUCGACAUCCCCCACAACUUCUCACUGACACGAGGCUCAGUCCGAGUCGGACAGCUGAUGCAUUAUGACUACUCCAGCCACAAAUACGUCUUCUCCAUAGGCGAGAACUUCCGCACCCUCCUCCCUGAGGUCUCGCCGAUCCUCAACAAGCACUACAAUGUCUGUGCCGUCAUCGGCAACAGUGGCAUCCUCACCGGCUCGCGCUGUGGCCCCCAGAUCGAGAAGUUUGACUACGUCUUCCGUUGCAACUUCGCACCAACUGAGAUCUUUAAGAAGGACGUUGGACGACGGACCAACAUGACAACCUUUAACCCCAGUAUCCUGGAGAAAUACUAUAACAAUUUACUGACUGUGCAGGACAGGAACAACUUCUUCCUGAGUUUGAAGAAGCUGGACGGUGCCAUCCUGUGGAUCCCAGCGUUUUUCUUCCACACGUCAGCCACAGUGACGAGGACGCUGGUCGAUUUCUUUGUGGAACAUCGAGGUCAGCUGAAGGUCCAGCUGGCCUGGCCCGGAAACAUCAUGCAGUAUAUCAACAACUACUGGAAAACCAAGCAGCUGUCGCCGAAGCGCCUGAGCACUGGCAUCCUGAUGUACACACUGGCAUCCUCCAUGUGCGACCAGAUCCAUCUGUAUGGCUUUUGGCCCUUUGGCUGGGAUCCGAACACGGGUAAGGAGUUGCCGUACCACUACUACGACAAGAAGGGCACCAAGUUCACCACCAAAUGGCAGGAGUCCCAUCAGCUCCCUGCUGAGUUCAAACUCCUCUAUAAGAUGCACACACAGGGACUACUGAAACUCAGCCUCUCCCACUGCGCUUAGGCCUUAAAGUGCAGCAGGUACAGUGCUUCGCGAAUGUUUCCACAGGCCAUAGAUAUCAAGAUGACAAGGCAGACAAGGGAAGGAUUCGUGUUCUUUUGCCAAAAGCAAAAUCUUGGCUUUAAUACUGAGUUGGUGCAGUGGGUAUUUAAACUGUUUUAGUCUAAGAUCCCCCUGCAAAAACCCAUAAAACUGAGCUUAAGAUGAACCAUUUUUUGCAAACCACAACAGCUCAAGAAACAAGAGCUCUUUUCAUUUCUUCCAGAAUUUACAGGACUGCAUUAUAUUUUUUGGAUGAAAUGGUUGCAGCUGGACUUACAGGCAGCGUUGUUCGUCAGCAUUAUAUCACAACCUCAAAUUGCUUCAUGGUGUUUUUAUCUCUCAUCACUCUUGGCACUACAGCCACAGAUCAGCUGAUUGACUAUUUAAAGGCAAGACUGUGUUCAGGCCAAUAUCAGCACUUCAUUAAAGAUGGCAGAUCCCAUCUUUUCCAUUUCAAUGGGACUACUGUUUUGAUGCAGCUCGGGUCCUGAUGCAGAGGGCCAUGGCAAAAGUAUUUAUGCACAUUUCUCGUAGAAUAAAUCAUAGAGAAAAUGAUUGUCACUGAUCAUUUGAAAUCAGUUGAAUGAACCUUCAUUUACUGAAUCUGUAUCCUUGAUUGUAAUUCAUUGUGUCACUAGUAUAUGAAGCAAGACAUGACCACCAACAUUUGCUGUUUUUUUUUUUUUUUUUACACCGUGCUGCUUCGGGUCAAAACACACUGGAGGACAGCAAUGUAGUCUGACAACAGUGGCAGAGACCUAAACAUUUCUUACUACACAGACUCAAUCCCAUCCAAUGUUUUCCCUUACCCCACAAUGUCGAGGGCCCCCUUGCCCACUACAACAGAGUUACAACGUGGAGAGGAUGAAAUUUCCCACUAUGAAAUAGCACAACUCUUCAAGACCCUGAUAUGUCAUCAGUUGUAAUAACUGCUGUUUAUGUAGACAGACAGGAAGAGAAAGGACAAACAUUGCUUCAUUACUUGGGCACUAGCAAUGCUUUCUAGUCUAUUAUGCUCCUACCCUGUCAAUCUGCAUUGUUGAAAUAUAUGAGAAUACAUAAAUGACUGUCAUUCACAGAUCAGCAACAACAAUGAAACAUUAGAAAAUUAGCUAAUUAGCUACUGAGACAUCAGUGAGCUAGUAGCCAUUGUUUUAUGUGAUUGUUGUUUUGCAUCUCUAUGCCAACAAUAAUCAGGAGAACCUGCCCCUAGGCUUGGAUAUGUAAACUGGAAGGGUAGAGCUAAAAUGGAAGGGCGAUGGUUGUAUCAGGGUUAGACCUUUCAAUAUAGUUGCCAUGUCACAUAAGGUUAGUCAUAAACUGUCUUGUUGUCUUUUGCAUCUUAAAUGUCAUACAGGUGAUCUGUCGGGCAAUUCCAGGGAUCAACUUUGCUGUUCCACUUGUAGACAUCAUAGGAACACUAUGUUACACUCCCUCCAAUUUCCCAUCUCGUCAAACACUAGGUGAAGGAAGGCAGAAACCAUUGUCAUGUUCUUUUUGUCAGAACAUUUUUAGGUGUCCCAGAUGCUACAUCACUUGUAUUUGACACUGCAAUGGAUUAGACUAGCAACUUUUAUACCCUACAGUCAGUUUUGUUCCCCACGUCUAAUGGGUUGGGCCAUUAUUUGGCCGAUUUUAGGUAGUCUGAUCCCAGAAUGAACAGAAGGAGCAGUUUUCCAAAUAAAUCUAACUCUUGUUUCUCACUUCAGUCACCACAGUCAGACAAACAAAGAGACAUGGGUGACAUCGUCACCUCCUGAGAACAAUACCUGGCUCGUUAGCUGCUAAAUCUUCCUCUUUCUUCACCAGCAAGUAGCUAAUUCUGUCCGCCAUUUGGUGCUGGGAAAAUAGUGUGCACUGGCUUUAUUAGAGCUUGUUUACUAAAUGAGGUUCAUACAGUUGAACACUAUUUUCCAGUAACAACUAGCACAACUAUUAUGUGCAAGGAAAUAAGACCGAGUCAAGUUUUGCAUCCCUGAGACAUCUGUAAUCUCUCAAAUAAGGUCUGUGGUUCACAUAAGCUCAAGAUUUCCAUGAAGAUUUUUUUUAGGUUUUGUUCUGUGACAUAAAAAUAUGUCAGUAAAUACCCCACAUGUGAAAGUUAAAGUGUUUACAUGACUUAAAAACAGCAGUUUCUAAUAGCAAACUGCAUUUAUACACAGUUGAUUUUUUUAACUUGUUUCUGUUAGAGGGCUUUAAUGAUGCGACAUAAAGAGUUUGACUAGAUUUUUUCCAGAACUACUGGGAGAUAUUUCAUUUCCUAAGACUGUGAAGAAAUAACCUACUCUACUCUGCCUCUGAUUGGUUUACCCUAACCCAAACCAGUCAUCAUCCCUCAUGACUCAACCUAACCAAGCAUCCAACCAAGGAAACAAGUACUUGCCAAUCAUAGGUAGAGCAGGGCAGAUCAUUCCUGUGAUCCUCCGAAAAGAACAUUGAUAGACGGCACAUGCAUUCUUUCUUUUAAGAUUUCUUUAUUGUAAAUCCUUAAAUUGCUCUAUAUGAUUGCAUUAUCAAUAUCGUGGCAGGAUUAUGAAUCUAAAGGAGGCAAUGACAAGAGGCAACUCUGGUCUCCUGCUAUACCCCAUCCACCCUGACCUCUUCACCUUUACUUUCUGCCUUGCUACACAAAGGGCACACUCCUCUCUGCAUUGGAACUGCAGAUUGGCAUUGGCCAUAAACUAUGCUUUGCAAAUUGAAUAUGAAUUCUAAGAUAAACUUGGCUGGAAAAGGAAUAUAGAAGACUGUAAUCACAAAUAUUAACAUUUGAACAGAAAAAAAGGGGACAUAUGCUGGAGAGCACUGCUUUCAUGUUGAAAAGAAGAUAAUAACCAUAAUGCGACUAUUACAUGUUUUAUUUGUUAAGAAAGAAAAGACCUUGAACUGGAGUUCCACUUCACACUUUAUUUAAUAUGUCCAUAAUGAGACAAUGUGAGAUAAUAAAUCAGAUAAUAAAAAUAAGCAGGUAUUCUCGUAGCCAUGAAUUAUUUAUAUAUUAUACAUAAACAAUACAAAUUGUUUGGUUCAUUACCUCAGUCUUUCUGUUCGUAAUAGUACUGUAGCUUUCAUCAACAGCAAAACAUAAUUUUAGAGUUAGGAUUGGAUCAAAUUAUUUUGGCUAAAGUAACUUUUGAUCAUGUUUUCCUUGAAUAUUAAUGAUUAAUGGCUAAAUACAUCUGGUUGAGUUAAGAGUUUUUUGUAGAUUUGGUGACAACAUUUUUGGCCCUCUUGGCAUUGCGUGCUGUGCUUUUGUCAACUCAGGUUUUUGUGAAUGGGUACAGUUAAACAAACUACAUUUAUGGCUUCUUCGGUCUGCGUUUGUGUGUUUAUGGAGGCAUUAUUGUGGUAUGUUAAUGAUUUUCAAGUCCAUCGAGUUUGUGUCAUGUGUAGAUAAUUAGUAUUACUAAUUUAAAAUGCUCUGUGAUCUUUGUUGUGUUUUUGUUCCUACAUAAUUGUAUCAUGUCCAGAUUGUUUCACUCUUUGCAAUUUGGUAUUUGCAUUUGGGCAUUCUCUUCAAAGAAGCAUAAAUAACACACCUUGGCCCCCAAGCCACCAAAAAUUUAAAUGCGAAUUUGUUACCAUGUGGUAACUAAAUUCAGACAUUUUCAUCUGUUUUUUUAGGCAUAUCAAAUGUCAAGUGGUGUAUUUGGCAUGUGCAUUUAUUUGCAAGGGAGUGACUCUUUUUUUUUUUCCAAGUGUUUUCAUAUUCGCUGCAAAAUGCUAAUGAGACAAUGAAACUGGGACUAUUUUUGUAAAGUGUAUGUGAAUUUUAGCUGUCUUGCAUUUUUCUUUUUAUAUAUAUAUAUAUAUUAGUCUUCUACAGUUUCAUUCCCACAUGUUAUAUCUAUAACUUGAAAUGUGAUAUUUUCAGGACUUUGACAAAAAGAUUGUGGGCAUGAAGGUUAAACAAACUAUUUAAUAAAUAGUAGUAAUGUUAUUUUUUGACUUGAGCACAUUACAAAUUUGAAGGUCAGUAGGAUGUACCUUUAUUUCAUUUCUUUUGUCACUUUUUAUCUAUGUUUUAUAAAUACCAUAAAGCGUAAGUGUCAGGUUACAUUUUUCAAGAAUGUAUUUUUUGCAUUGCAAAUGAUACUGACCUCUGCCAUAUCCAUAUAUAUUUAGAUAUCAUUCUGCGAGGAGUAAUAUAUACUUAAAUCACAUUAAGAUAUAGACAAUAGAUUAACAAACAUGUUUUAUCCAUCGAAUACUUGAAAGAAACUAUAUAUCUACUCUGUAUUUAUUUAAUCAUUAAGUCAUUAAAAUGAA